CCCACCAAAGCCCAUUUAUUUAUUUACGGUCAGCCAAUCCUUGUUCUUCAUCAAACUCAAACCCUAGACAUCCUAAGACUUGUAAAAAAUCCUUAAGUCUCUCUGUGUAAUUUCGAUAUUUUGACGAAAAUCGUUAGCGUUGAAUUUAUUAUCUGAGGAGUUUUAAAGCUACAGAGAACUUGAAUAGAAGCUCCUUAGAGUAUGAGUGCCCAGGCAGUGAGGGGGCCUCCUAUAAGGUAUCGUCGGAGGAAGGGACUGCCAGAUCUUAAUGCACCACCUUGUGAAAGUAGGGAUCGAGAGGGAACCUCAAAUGAUAUCAGUUUACAGGAAGUGCAAGCUAGCCAACAAGGGCUGUCGAUACCACCUGCUCCAAUUGAUGUUGAGGCUAUUGAUGACGACGUUAUCGAGUCUUCUCCCAGGGCUUUUGCCGAAGCUAAAAACAAUUCCAGAAGGAACCGUGGAAGGAAUAUUGUGGUUGAUGUAGAUUCAGGUAACAUUGGAAGAACAACAAGGUUGACUAAUAAUAACCGUAGUAAGCGCAGAAGGGUAUCACCUAACUCAACUAUUGUCAAUUGUGGUUUUUACAUAAAUUUGGAAGGCACUAGCAACUCUAUGAGAGAGAGAGUUAGCAUGCCUCCACCACCACCACCACCACCACCGAAGGAGCCUGUAUUCACUUGCCCAAUAUGCAUGGGCCCAUUGGUUGAGGAGAUGUCAACGAAGUGUGGUCACAUAUUCUGUAAGGCAUGCAUUCGGGCUGCAAUAUCAGCACAGGCUAAAUGCCCCACAUGUAGGAAAAAGGUCACAGCAAAAGAACUCAUUAGAGUCUUCCUUCCAGCAACCACUUGUACCCAAUAACUAAUCAUGAUAAAUACAUGUUUUGGACAAGAAAGGGGCGGUUUUGGCAUACUAUUGGAAGCGCUUUUGUUGAAUAUUGAAAGUUUAGACUGGCAUGUGCACAGUAAACCAAACUGUGGGACAUUAUUAUAGUUGAUUGAUGGUUAUGCCAAUGAGUUGUCUGUGCUCAUUUCUUGUACUUUGUGGCUAACCAAAUAUGGACCUUUAAUAUGUGUAAGAGUUAAUAAGAUUAAAAUUUAUGGGCUUCA